AUGGGGAAUUGUCAGGCGGUGAACGCGGCGGUUCUGGUUUUACAGCAUCCCGGCGGGAAGAUUGAUCGGUACUAUGGUUCUGUAUCCGUCACGGAGGUUAUGAGUAUGUAUCCUGGCCACUACGUCUCUCUCAUUGUUCCUUUGACAGAGGAGGAAGAGAAGAAUAUCCCGGCGGCGGUGAAAGGAGAGGAUAAGAAACAGAGGAAGGCUGUGAGGUUUACACGUGUUCAGCUUCUACGUCCGACGGAGAAUCUCGUGCUCGGCCACGCUUACCGCCUCAUUACUUCACAAGAAGUGAUGAAGGUUUUACGGGAAAAGAAAUGUGCCAAGACGAAGAAGCAUCAGAUUGAGACGACAACGACAGUGAAAAAGAAGUUGUCCGAGAAGAAAGUUCCGGAGAAGAAACAAGGGAAGCAAUUUCGUGUGUUAACGAACUCAACUUCCCUCUUAAAGUCCAAAACAUGGAGGCCCUCUCUUCAGAGCAUCUCCGAAGCUACCAGCUGAAUGAUUUUGUUUUUGUUUGAGAGACAAGACAGUAUCUGGAUCUAGAGUGGAGAACCUGAUCCGGAACCUUACUGAAUAAAUUUUGGUUCCUUUCCCUUUCUUGUUUUUUUUUCCUGGUGUUGACAGAGGAUGCAGUCUAGAUCAAGAUGUCAACAGAACAGAGCUUCUUCUUCCUUUUUUUCUCUCUAUCGUCGAUGUAUAUAUUUUCGCAGAUGGAGAAAUCUAUGGAAGUUUGUAAGAAGUGUGGUUUUUUGUUGAUACCCAAU